GUGUGUUGGUUUGGGUCGCUUUCCGGGGGGAGGUUUUCGGUACAAAAAGAGGAGACAAGGGCUUUGGAUUCACAGGACUGUUCUUGCUCAUGCUUGCUCUUGUGAGGGGCCGGGUUGGUUAACAGGAACCGCGCGUCUACGUACACUUCGCUGUGAAGUCAGUUGGCUGUGGGCAGACGCAGUGAGUGGCCGUUUUCUGCCGGUCGCUCUCGCAUCCUCCGUGACACUAUCUGGGUAGGGAGCGCCAUGGCGUCAGGGCCAGGGCUGUCUUUACGAAUCGGCACUACUAUAGGCGUCGUUAUUUUCCUCGUGAUUCAGUUCACCGACGCUGCUCCUGUUUACGAGCACGACGAUCAGACACAAGUGGACGAAUAUUAUGGCGAUGUUACAGGCUGCUAUUACAACUUCCAACACUAUGAGGAAGGUGAUCGCAUCAUCACCAAUGAGCCUUGCCUCAACUGCACCUGUCACAAUAGGAUGUUAAUGUGUUACUUGAGAGUCUGCCCAUUCACGAAGGGCAUUGGACAAGACUGCACUGUUCAGAAGAAGCCUGAUCAGUGUUGCCCUGUUAUCACGUGCCCUGAAGUACCAGUUCAUUUGUUGACAAGCUCAACAACAGCAACCACUCCACCAGCCCCUACUGGAUCCACGUCAGCUGUUGGCCAUCCUGACACCCAUGGCUGCACAAUUGACAGUACUUUCUACACUGAUGGUGCACAGGUACCAGGAAAUCCCAGCAAGCCAUGUGAACUCUGCUACUGCAUCCGCAACAAGACGGCAUGCGUCAUGCAAGAAUGCACAUUGCAAGUAGAAGGUUGUAGACCAGUUUACCAGCCAGGAGUGUGUUGUCCAGUUAGAUAUGACUGUGACUAUGUGGAUGUGACAGAGCUUCCAGAACUUCCUGCAACAACACAGCGACCCACACCUGCUCUUCUUCUAACCACAACCACACCUGGUCCAUUGGAUUGUCGAUUCAAUGAUGAGUUAUAUGCAGAUGGUGCUCGUAUUGAAACUUCAAAACCAUGUGAACAUUGUUACUGUAUGCGAGGAGAUAUUGUAUGUGCUGUGCAAGAGUGUGGUACCCCACUAGAACGGGAAGGAAAGAACUGCACUGCUUUACCACCACAACCUGGCCAGUGUUGUCCAGAGCAAUAUCAAUGUGAUAACGAGAUAAGACACGUGAACGACCUCUCCUUGAGGCAGAAUCGCAAACAUGAAAAUGAUGCCAAUGAUAAUGGAACGCUUCCAUUAGAGAGCCUUUCUCAUGAGACAACAGAACAUGCCGAUGUAGGUUCACUUGCAACAAGAACUACUACUGCCAGCAGCAUACGUGGGGAGGAAGAAGAACAUGAGAGAACAACAUACAAUGGACAACCAGUAACAGAGAAGAAAGAACAUGAAGAAAUACAAGUAACACAAAAUGCUGACACUGAAGAGCUCUCUUCUUCUGGAGAAUAUGGACAACAGCUACCUGAUAUUCACGGUGAAACUGAAAUUCAGACAAUUCAUGAUGACCAAGAUACAACAGGCGUUAUAGAACAGGAAAGUAUACCUGAGGUAGGAGAAGGUGUAUCUGAAGGAAUGGGUAUACAUCAUGAAACAGUGCCAGAUUUAAAAGGCGAAACACUGACAACCAGUCAAGCAGGAAUUCAAGAACAGCCAGUUACCAGUGCUGAAGGAGUAAAAGGGGAUGAACAAGCAGUAACUAGUUCAGUGGAUGUGAACCUAGACCAGCAACUAGUAAGUGGUGCUGCAACUGAGAAAGGAGAAGAAAAACCCAUGAGUGGUGAAGGAACAGGAAGUGAUAAAAAUAGAGAAACUAGUGCAGAAAAAGUGGAAGAGUCAUCCCCUGCUGGCCCUGAACAAGAAAAAGUAACUCAAGAACCAGGCAUAGAGCAAACAGUAACAGGAACAGUGGCUAAUGUUGAACAAUCUGUAGAUGAUGUUAUAGAAAAUAAUAAUGUACCUAAUGGAGAGAGAGGAGGAGAAACAAAUAUUACUGGAAUACAACAUGCAGAAGUAACUGAAAGGGGGCAAGCUACUGAAUCACCGGUCACUGUUCCUUUAGGACAAGAAUCUGCAACAGAAGCCUCAAAUGAUGAGAAAGUAACAACAGAGAGCAGCAAGAUAGAGGAAAAACCUAUUGAACAUGAACAAGUAUCUGAAGCAGAGAAGGACAGUGUACCAUCUACAGUGCAAGAACCAUCAACAGAAGAGCCAAAGAUUGAAAAACCACACCUUGACCAUGAACAGGUAACAGAGAAAAUAAAGGGAGAGGAAGUUUUUACACAAGAGGAAUUAGUAACUGAGAGGGGAAAGGAUAGCGAAUCUUCCUUGCAACAGGAACCUGUAACUGAGGGAGCAGAAGGAGAUGAACCACUGGUAACACAGCAUUUUGUAACAGAAGCAAUAGAGGGACAAGAAGAUAACCUAGAGCAUGAACCAACAACUCAGAGAGUGAAGGGUGAAGAAACAUCUGAGGGGCAGGAAAGAGUAACUGAAGGCAUGAAGGCUGAAAGGCCAUCUGUUGAACAAGAACCAGUAACUGAGGUAAUCAAGGAACAAGAACCAGUAACUGAGGUAAUCAAGGGUGAAAAACCAUCUGUGGAACAAGAACCAGUAACUGAAGCAGUGAAAGGUGAAGAACAAUUGAUGGAACAGGAACCAGUAACUGAGGCAGUGAGUGUCCAGCCAUCUGUACAACAAGAACAAGUUACUGAGGGUGUGAAAGGUGAAGAGCCAUCUGUACAACAAGAACCAGUUACUGAAGGUGUAAAAGGUGAAGAGCCAUCUGCACAACAAGAACCAGUUACUGAGGGUGUGAAAGGUGAAGAGCCAUCUGUACAACAAGAACCAGUUACUGAGGGUAUAAAAGGUGAAGAGCCAUCUGUGGAGCAAGAACCAGUAACUGAAAUAGUGAAGGGUGAAAAACCAGUAAUUCAGGUACUGAAGGAUGAGAAGCCAUCUGUUGAACAGGAGCCAGUAACUGAAAUAGUGACAGGUGUAGAACCAGCUACUGAGGUAGUGAAAGGUGAAGGACCAUCGGUGGUACAUGAACCAAUAACAGAAAGAGUGAAGGGUGAAGAGCUGUCUGUGGUACAGGAAUCAGUAACUGAGGUACUGAAGGGCGAAGAGCUCGUAACUGAGGUACUGAAAGGUGAAGAACCAUCUGUGGAACAGAAACCAGUAACGGAGAUAGUGAAGGAUGAGGAACCAAUUACUGAGGUGGUGAAGGUUGAAGAGCCAUCUGUGGAGCAGGAACCGGUAACUGAGAUAGUUAAGGUUGAAAGACCAUCUGCAGAACAAGAGUCAGUAACUGAGGUAGUGAAAGGUGAAGAACCAUCUGUGGAACAGCAACCAGUAACUGAAGUAGUGAAGGAACAGGAACCAGUUACUGAGAUGGUUAAAGGUGAAGAGCAAUUUGUGGAACAGGAACCAGUAACGCAGAUAGCAAAGGGUGAAAGACCAUCUGUGGAACAAGAGCCAGUAACUGAGGUAGAGAAGGGUGAAGAGCCAUCUGUGGAACAUAAACCAAUAACUGAGGUAGUGAAAGGUGAAGAACUGGUAACUGAAGUAGUGAAGGGUGAAGAGCCAUCCGUGCAACAAGAACCAGAUACUGAAAUUGUGAAGGGUGAAGAGCUAUCCACAGAACAAGAACCAGUAACUGAAAGAGUGAACGCUGAGAAGCCAUCUGUGGAUCAAGAAUCAGUAACUGAAACAGUGAAGGGUGAAGAAUCAGUAACUGGAUUAGGGAAGGGUGAAGAGCCAUCUGUGGGACAAGAACCAGUGACUGAAAUAGUGAAGGAAGAAGAGCCAUUUGUGAGCCAGGAACCAUUUACUGAAAGAGUGAAAGAUGAAGGACCAGUAACUGAGGUACUGAAGGGUGAAGAGCCAUCCACAGAACAAGAAUCAGUAACUGAAAAAGUAAAGGGUGAUGAACCAGUAACUGAAGUAGUAAAGGGUGAAGAACCAUUUGUUGAACACGAGGUAGUAACUGAAUUAGUGAAAGGUGAAGACCUAAGUGCGGAACAUAAACCAGCUACCGUGGUAGUGAAGGAUGAAAGGCCAUCUGUGGAACAAGAACCAGUAACUGAGGUGGUGAAGGGUGAAAAGCCAUCUGUGAUACUAAUGCCAGUCACUGAGGUAGCGAAAACUGAUGAGCCAUCUUUGGAACAAGAGUCAGUAACUGAGGUGGUGAAAGGUGCAGAGCCAUCUGUGGAACAAGAACCAGUAACUGAGGUUGUGAAAGGUGGGGAGCCAUCUGUGGAACAAGAAUCAGUUACUGAGGUGGUGAAAGGUGCAGAGCCAUCUGUGGAACAAGAACCAGUAACUGAGGUUGUGAAAGGUGGGGAGCCAUCUGUGGAACAAGAAUCAGUUACUGAGGUGGUGAAAGGUGCAGAGCCAUCUGUGGAACAAGAACCAGUAACUGAGGUUGUGAAAGGUGGAAGGCCAUCUGUGGAACAAGAACCGGUAACUGAUGUGGUUACAGGUGGAGAGCCACCUGUGGAACAAGAACCAGUAACUGAAAUAGUGAAGGCUGAAGGGUCAUUUGUGGAGCAAGAUGAGGUGGUGAAAGGUGGAGAGCCCUCUGUGGGACAAGAACCAGUAACUGAAGUGGUGACAGGUGGAGAGCCAUCUGUGGAACAAGCACCGGUAACUGAUGUGGUGAAAGGUGGAGAGCCACCUGUGGAACAAGCACCGGUAACUGAUGUGGUGAAAGGUGGAGAGCCAUCUGUGGAACAAGCACCGGUAACUGAUGUGGUGACAGGUGGAGAGCCAUCUGUGGAACAAGCACCGGUAACUGAUGUGGUGAAAGGUGGAGAGCCACCUGUGGAACAAGCACCGGUAACUGAUGUGGUGACAGGUGGAGAGCCAUCUGUGGAACAAGCACCGGUAACUGAUGUGGUGAAAGGUGGAGAGCCACCUGUGGAACAAGCACCGGUAACUGAUGUGGUGACAGGUGGAGAGCCAUCUGUGGAACAAGAAUCGGUAACUGAUGCGGUGAAAGGUGGAGAGCCCUCUGUGGGACAAGAACCGGUAACUGAAGUGGUGACAGGUGGAGAGCCAUCUGUGGAGCAAAAACCAGUAACCGAAAUAGUGAAGGCUGAAGGGUCAUUUGUGGAGCAAGAACCAAUAAUAGAGGUUGUGAAAGGUGGAGAGCCAUCUGUGGAACAAGCACCGGUAACUGAUGUGGUGACAGGUGGAGAGUCAUCUGUGGAACAAGAACCAGUAACUGAGUUGAAGGGCGAAGGAUCAUCUGUGGAGCAAAAACCAGUAACCGAAAUAGUGAAGGUUGAAGGGUCAUUUGUGGAGCAAGAACCAAUAAUAGAGGUUGUGAAAGGUGGAGAGCCCUCUGUGGAACAAAAUCCAGUAACUGAGGUGGUGAAAGGUGGAGUGCCAUCUGAGGAACAAGAACCGGUAACUGAGGCGGUGAAAGGUGGAGAGCCCUCUGUGGGACAAGAACCGGUAACUGAGUUGAAGGGUGAAGGACCAUCUGUGGAGCAAGAACCAGUAACUGAAAUAGUGAAGGGUGAAGGGUCAUUUGUGGAGCAAGAACCAGUAACUGAAAUAGUGAAGGGUGAGCAGCCAUCUAUGGUACAAAUGCCAGUCACUGAGGCAGUGAAAACUGAUGAGCCAUCUUUGGAACAAGAGUCAGUAACUGAUGUGUUGAAAGGCGGAGAGGCAUAUGUGGAACCGGAGUCUGUAACUGAGGUGGUGAAGGAUGAAGAGCCAUCUUUGGUACAAGAACCAGUAACUGAAUUAAUGAAGGGUGAGGAGCCAUCUGUGGAACAAGAACCAGUAACUGAGGCGGUGAAAGAUGGGGAGGCAUCUUUGGUGCAAAAACCAGUAACUGAGGCAGUGAAGGAUGGGGAGCCAUCUUUGGUGCAAAAACCAGUAAGUGAGGUGGUGAAAGUUGGAGAGCCAUCUUUGGAACAACAACCCGUAACUGAGGUGUUGAAAGGCGGAGAGCAAUCUGUGGAACAACAACCAGUAACUGAGGUGUUGAAAGGUGGAGAGCAAUCUGUGGAACAAGGACCAGUAUUUGAGGUGGCGAAGGGAGAAACGUCACCUGUGGAACAGGAACCAGUAACCGAGGGUGGAAAGAUAGAGCAGUCAUCUCUAAAUAGUGGCAUUGAAAAUGACUAUGUAACUGAAGGUGAUAUUGGAGUUGAAGUUGUGACACACAUUCCAGCAGCAAACACAUCUCUUGUUAUUACAAGUGAAGCUGGACUUAGUGCUGACAAUGUUAUCUCACAUGCUCCUGGAGGAGCAUCUGCCAUAACUACCACAACUGCAACUGUUCCCUCACAUGGAGUUGUUCCUGGUGAAGGUAACUGUCUCAUUAAUGGCCAGACCUAUUUGAACAACUCUGCUAUUCCACCAGCGUCCCACUGCCAGCUGAGCUGCCGCUGUGUCAGUAGCAUUGUGCACUGCAUUCUUGUGAAAUGCACUCCACCCCCACUUCAUCACAGUAAUUGCAUGCCUGUUCACCACAGCAGUGACUCAUGUUGCCCAACAUACACGUGUGAUGAAGAUAAAAAGGAAACUCCUGAGUCCGACAGCCAGAUGGCGGGAACACAACUUCCUAGUACAACACAAUCAACAGAGGAAGAGAAAAUUGAAAGCCUCAAAACAACUAUUAGCGUAGAAUCAGUAUCAGAGGAGAAAUUUCAUCAAGUUACAGAAUCAUCAGCAGCUGAGAUUCCUGGUGAAUAUCUACCAGAAAAGCCAGAAGCGGGAUCAGGAAAAGCUCCUGAUCAGAAACCAUCAAGUUCUGCAGGAUCUCAUGAAGUGCCUGAACAUAAACCAGAGAUUAUUCCUGUGGAACCUGAUGAUGAAAAUAUAAUAGAAUCUGAUCAACAACAAGAAAAUGUACCUAUAUUAUCUGAGGUUGGCCAGACAGUAUCACCAGUACAAAAGCCUGAACUUGUUCCUAUUGACUCAGAGACAGACAUAACUGUAGCACCUCAGCAUGGAACUGGUGAGUCAGAGGAACUUGAACAAAAGCCGCAGUACAUUCCUGGACAUUUUGUGACAGAGCAUACACAGCCAGAGCAUAUUCCUACAGACUCUGAUAUAGCUCAAACUGAAACACUUGUACACAAACCAGAACAUAUUCCAAUAGAAUCUGACCUUGGUCAUACAGAAGCACCAAUAAAAGCUGGAGAAUUUGAUCACACUGAAGGAUUAGAAGAGAAACCAGUACAUAUUUCUACAGGAUCUGAGACAGACCACACUGAAGUGCCAGAACAUAUUCCUCUUGAUUCUGAUACUGGCCAUUCAGCAACACCUGUACACCUCCCUGAUGAUUUGGAAGUUCAUUAUUCAGUGGCACCAGAGCACGUUACCAUUCUACCUGAAACUAGCCACACAGACAAACCAGAAAGGAAGCCAGAAUCUGAGAAAGAUUAUUCUGAGUCACCUGUAGAGAAAGUAGAAGAAAUUACCAUUCAACCUGAGACGGAUCAGACAGUAACACCAGAAGAAAAACCAGAAUCUUUGUCCAUAGAUUCUGAAGCACAUUAUACUGAAGCACCUGAGCAAAAACCGGAAUAUUCUCCCACAGAACAGGCAGGAGGUACUAGUAACACAGAAACACCUCUACAUGUCCCAGAAUUUGUUCCUACAGAAUCAGAGAUAGGUCUCACACAACCUGAAUCUGAGCAGAAGCCUGCAGAUUCUCAUGUUGACCAAACAAAAGAUAAUGAACAGAACCCUGAAGAUAUUCCUUCAUAUCACACACAAACACCUCUACUGAAGCCAGACUAUGUUCUGACAGAAUCAGAGGCACACCAGACUGAAGCACCUGGAGAUCAUCUUCCUAAAGUUACUGAGGCUGGUCACUCAGAAGUACCUGGACAUAUAACAGAACAUGGUCCUACAGAAUUAGAAGCUGAUUAUACAUUUGCACCUGAACAGAACCAAGCUUAUAUCCCUUCACAGCAUACAAACGAGACUGUGCUGAAACCACAACAAGUUCUUACAGAGUCAGAGCUACAUCAUGCAGAAACACCUGAGCAUGUAUCUACACAUAUCCCUACAGAAUCUGUAACUGGACAUACAAGGGUACCAGAACAUGUUCCAGAGAAAGACAAAUCUGAAGCACCUGAGCAAGAACCGGAACAUAUUCCUACAGAGUCAGUAUUGGGACACACAGAGACAUCUGUAAAUAUAUCUGAGACUGGCUAUUCUGAAUCUCCUGAACACGAACUACAGCACAUCCCUACAGAAUCUGAUUAUGGCCAUACAGAAGCACCAGUACAUGCUCCAAUAGAACCUGAAACCAGGCCUACAGAAGUGCCUGAACUUGUUCAUGAGGAAGACCACACUGAGGUGCCUGAAUACAAACCAGAACACAUUCCUACAGAAUCAGAAACUGGUCAGACAGCAGCACCUGAACAUGUAUCAGAACACCUUCCUACAGGCACAGCGGCUGGUCAGACAGAAAUACCUGACCAUGUACCAGAACACAUUCCUGCAGAAUCAGAGACUGGUCAGACAGCAGCACCUGAACAUGUAUCAGAACACCUUCCUACAGGCACAGCGGCUGGUCAGACAGAAAUACCUGACCAUGUACCAGAACACAUUCCUGCAGAAUCAGAGACUGGUCAGACAGCAGCACCUGAACAUAUACCAGAACUUAUUCCUACAGAAUCAGAAUUGGGGCAGACAGCAGCACCUGAACAUAUACCAGAACACAUUCCUACAGAAGUAGAGGCUGGUCAGACAGAAAUACCGGAUAAUGUACCAGAACACAUUCAUACAGAAUCAGAGGCUGGCCAGACAGCAGCACCUGUACAUGUACCAGAACACAUUCCUACAGAGUCAGAAACUGGUCAGACAGCAGCACCUGAACACAUACCAGAACACAUUCUUACAGAAUUAGAGGCUGGUCAGACAGAAAUACCAGAUAAUGUACCAGAGCAAAUUCCUACAGAUUCAGAGGCUGGCCAGACAGCAGCACCUGAACGUAUACCAGAACGCACUCCUACAGAAUCAGAGGCUGGUCAGACAGAAAAUCCUGAUCAUGUACCAGAACCUAUUCCUACAGAAUCAGAAACUGACCAGACAGCAGCACCUGAACAUGUACCAGAACACAUUCUUACAGAAUCAGAGGCUGGUCAGACAGAAAUACUGGAUAAUGUACCAGAACACAUUCCUACAGAAUCAGAAACUGGUCAGACAGCAGCACCUGAACAUGUACCAGAACACAUUCCUACAGAAUCAGAGGCUGGUCAGACAGAAAAACCUGAUCAUGUACCAGAACUUAUUCCUACAGAAUCGGAAACUGGCCAGACAGCAGCACCUGAACAUGUACCAGAACACAUUCCUACAGAAUCAGCAGCACCUGAACAUGUACCAGAACACAUUCCUACAGAAUCAGCAGCACCUGAACAUGUACCAGAACACAUUCCUACAGAAUCAGAGGCUGGGCAGACAGAAAUACCCGAUCAUGUACCAGAACACAUUCCUACAGGAUCAGAAAUUGCUCCAACAGAAGCAUCUGACCAGAAACAAGAGAAUAUUUCUUUACAUUUUGACACUGAUCAAACAAAAGAUGAACAGAAGCCAGAACAUAUUCCUCCCUUGGAGUCUGGUACUGAUCACACUGAAUUACCUAUCCAGAAACCUGAACAAGUACCUGAAGAACCCGAAAGUGAUUUAACUUUAACACAUACACAUAUUCCAGCUGUCAUAGAACAUGAUAUUAUUCCAACAGUGAAACCCAUACCUGGAUUUGUAACAUCUGAAGAUCAUGCAGGUUCUUCUAUAGAGCAUGGUAGUAUUCCUGGCAAAGGAAAUUACAGUGCUUCUGGAACCACAAAGUCACCAUUGACAGUUUUUACUGAUCACAUAACCACAAAUAUAAUUGGAGCAUCUGUUACUACAGAAAGUUAUCCACAUGUUGGAACUGGAGGAUUUCACUUUACAACAGCCCAGAUAAUUCCAUCAGAAAAACCAACAACUGAAGAGCCAUAUGAACAUAUUCCUAGUGGAGAACCAAAUAUUCCUUCUUCAGGUGGUGCUUACCUCCCACCAUCAUCCGAUGGUUUAGAUGAUGAUGAUGAUGAUGAUGAUGAGAAUGAUGAGCAAGCUGCUUUUGGACCUGGUACAUGCCGCUAUGGCGGAAAGGUUUAUGUGUCUGCACAGCAGAUUCCCAGAGAUGACCCUUGUGAUUUCUGCUUCUGUUUCCGUAGUGAUAUUAUUUGUCUUCAGCAGAGUUGCCCACCACCUAUUCCAGGAUGUCAUGAAGAACCAAUUCAAGGAUUCUGUUGCCCUCGUUACGAAUGUCCAGUAUCCAUGGCAACCUCUGUGAAUGUGACAACUACCACCACUACUACCACUACAACACUGCCUCCACAUUUCUUUUCACAUGCGUACAAAGGAGCCGCAUCACGGAAAGGAUGUCAGAUACAAGGACAAGCAUAUAGAGUGGGUGAAAUAGUUCGGUCGGCAUCAGGACCAUGUCUGAACUGCAGAUGUGGAGGAGAUGGUCAAAUGAAAUGUGAUCCAAAAGUAUGCAGUCCGGAACCUAUGUUGAGGAAAAUGAUAAUGGCAGCAUCUGUAAGACGAAGAUGAAGUUGAUUUUUUGUGAACUAAACUCGUGUGCUCAAUCCUCUCCCUGCGAGUAGGAGAGAACCUUUAUGUCUGCAGCAACUACGAAGGUUGCAUAUCGCAUGUGAUGGUGAGAGUGAUAACCCAACUCCAGCCUUACAUGGCUUAUUGCUAGCAGCAUGUGGAUAAUUUGCAGAAUGGCCACGCCGCAUGCCAGUAGACAUUAUUUUCAAAUAAUUACAAUGGGUGCCAAAAUGACAGGACAAAAAGAGGAAGAGAGAAUGUGCAAAGAUUUUCACACUGACUGUGCCUUUUCUCGGAUUCCUCAAUCCUUCUGUCUUCCAGUCUAUCAUUUUGCAGAUGUUAAGAUAGUUUAUGCAUCAAAUGCAAGAGGGUGACUGACUGAUAACUUAAUUUGGAUUGAUCUAUGAAUAAUCAACUGCACAAUAUGAACCAAGCGUGCAAUUGUAACAAAAUGUGUGAUCAAUAGACUGACUUUCUACCCAAUAAAUUUAAUAUGUGUCAGGAUUAUAUAUGUCUGACAUUUUGUUUUGCCUGGAAUAUUUUUUUCUAUUAAGACAACAUUGUAGAUUGUUAACAGUCAAGUAACACAUGAUGUUGCAUUGCACAUCGCUAAUUGUACACUGACUUUGGUCAUGGGUUGAAGGAAGAAUUAUGUAUCCCUUUGUCACGAAUGCUGAAUGAGAUCACACAUAAUAGAAAAUCAAGAAAUUAUGUAUCUGUAUAUUUUCAUGUUAUGUGCUUCAGUCACAUAAACUUUUUUAUUUAUAUUCUAAAUAUGAAAAACAUUGACCUGUAAGUCAGACAGUAUGGUGUUCUUGUCUCAGUUUUGUGACCACUAAUUCCUGAGUUGUUUGACAGGUAGAAAUAUGCAGGAAUUGGUUCUGCUUUUUUAUAUAUAUAUUUUUUGUAGUAAAGUAAGUUUCUGCCUCUUGAACAUUUAGGAUCAGAACAUAUGUACAUUUUUGCAUUAUGUCCAAGUUCAUCACGCUAAGUACUAGUAAUUUUAGUAUUUAUAUAUAAAUAUACAUACAUAUGUAAUAAUGUGACCCUUAGCCAAUGAUUUUGCACAAAAUUGAAUCAUUACUAUCUUCCUUACAGUUAAUAAAUUACCUUCAAUUUUGUGUUUAAAAUCAUACAUUCAGCUGCUGACUGUUGGCUUAGGAAGUUCACACAAAAGAUAAACCCCUUUCCCCCUUUUUUACAAAUAAAAUUUUAUACAUUAAAUCA